AUGUUCCGAACAGCAGCACCGCCCUCGGUGCCAUCAAGCUUCGGCAAUGUCAGCGCCUCUGCUCAUGCAAGUUCUUCGGCAUCGGGCUCUGUAGCUCGACACCACACCGACAGGGCACUAGCAAGAUACCCGCACCGUCUUAACUUCUACACUUUACCUCCCAUUCACGAAGUCACCAUAGAGCAAUUCGAAUCAUGGGCGAUUGACCGUCUCAAGGUGCUCGCAGAGAUCGAGUCCUCCCAGGCACGCAACCGCACAUAUGCUGAGACCAAGGACGCCGUCAACGCGCUAGCCAAACGAUUGCUGCCUCUCAAUGCCAACACGGCAAACAAGACCACCGACUUGCUGGCCGAACGUGUCAAGGAUCACGCUAGUCACUUUGUGCUCCGGUUGGCAUUCUGUCGCAGCGAAGAUCUGCGUAGACGCUUUGUCAAGGCCGAGUCGAUCCUCUUCCGCUUGCGAUUCGAGACAGACGAUGCUACCGAGCGCGAAAGCUUUAUGCGCUCACUCAAUCUCGACUGGAAGCCCGUUUCGAACGAGGAGAAGCGAACGUACCGCGAACAGCUCGUGGCCACUCACCCCAAGAUGGCAUCGACCUUCGAGAGCGAGACCUUCUUCAAGGUAGACUGGACGCGAGUCACUGAUCUUGUCGAGAAGCGCAGGGUCUUCAUGCGUGCAGGUCAAGCGUGGGUUCCGAUCAAGGAGCAGGCAAGCCUUGUCCUCGCCGAGUUCCAGUCAAGGUUGCUUCGCGAUCUCGAAGUGACCGCCCGAGCGUUGCCGCGACUCGAUGAGGACGACCGCCUUUUACCAGUGCUUUCGCAUCUGAGCAUGGGCUUCCUGGCUGGUAUCUCUACCGACUACUCCGGUUCCAGCAUCACAGCUGAUGGCAGCACUAUCGUCACCGCCGGUCUGGUGGACGCACUCGUCAAGACACAUGCUCCUAUGUGCAUGAAGAACCUCCACACUACACUGACAGCAACCGGUCACCUCAAGCACUACGGCCGUUUGCAGUACAACCUCUUCCUCAAGGAACUCGGCUUGCCUGUCGAGGAAGCACUUGUCUUCUGGCGACGAAGCUUCAAGAACAUGACCGACGACAAGUUCAACAAAGAGUACCGCUACAACAUCCGUCACGGCUACGGUUUGGAAGGUCGACGAAUGAACUAUCCUGCCAAGAGCUGUGCCCGAAUCCUCACGCAAGAUCAGCCUGGUCCACAAGACUCGCACGGCUGUCCCUUCCGUCAUUUCUCUACCACCAAUCUGUCGGCGGCUAUGGUGCAGCACUACGGUCUGAACCAGUCCGAGCAAUCCGAGAUUCUAUCUUCUGUCAAGCAGGGCCACUACCACGUUGCUUGUACGCGUAUCUUCGAAAUCACGCAUCAAAGACAGGGCGUCAAGAAGGGUCAGGGUCUUGAUGGUCGAGGCGAGACGGUCACACAUCCAAACAGGUACUUUGAGAGCAGUUGGAAGCUCUCCCAGACUGGGGGCAGCGGAGAAGGAUCAGACGGUAGCCAGAGGGACUCGCCUGAGCAACCCGUCGACCUCGACUCGACCGACGCCAUAGAGGAAAGAUCAGCCGCACAACAACAGCCUUCAAGGACAGCGGCAACAGAAGCAGACGGAAUGGACGAGUCUUGA